AUGGGAAAAGAUCUGAAAAGACUCCUUGACCUUCCUAUCCACAAACGGAAAGCUCCACUGCUACUAAACUUCAUCCCUACAUAUAAAUCCACACUGCCCGACAUCCCAAAAAGGAAGAAAAAGAGUCUUUCCCCUCCUACUGCCACAACUGUAACCGCGUCUUCAUCCAGAACAGAUCAAGGAUCUACUUCUGACCCAGCCGAUCUUCCAUCUACUUCGGCCCCCUACUUAGUACCAAUCCCUGAACGCAAACGUCGACGAAGACUUGUAAAGACUGCCGAGAUGGUUCGUUCAAUGCCUGUCGUUCAAGAUCUUCUUGCCGACCUUCCAACUGAUGCCGACGCUGUACCAACGCAAUCAAUGCCCCCACCAAAGCCGAAGAGAGUUAAGAAGGCUCAGCCCAAGGUCAAGGCUACAGAUGCUGAGGCUGAUGAUGCUUUGCCUAUUUCCAAACUGGCAGAGAGCAAAAAAUCAACCUCUGCUUCCGCCAAGAGGUCUGCUGAGGGCCAACCCUCAGGGUCUACACAAUCAAAGAGGCCAAGGCCAUCGUCCGCGAUGACCUCGGCGUCGAAGAAGCCCGACGUCCCCUGGGCUCCUCAACUAACUCUGGAGGAUAGGCCCAUUAUGGCCAGUGAAAGUGCUGACGACAUUAACGUUGGUGUCACUCUCAGUACUGCUCUCCUCCUCCCAAACGAUUUGGAGCGCAAUGCCGACCUCAGCGAAUUGGUUGAUAUGAAGAGGGAGGCGUCCUCUCUGAGAAAGGAGAUAAAGUCUCUUGAAUCAAAGAUGAAGAGGCUGGAGGACCAGGCCGAAGCUGCCACCAAGGCCCAGCAAAUGGCCGAGGAGAAGGCCGAAUCCGCUAAGGCCGUUAAAAAAGUUGCUGAGGCCGAGAAAAAAGAGGCUGAAGUAAAAAAGGCCCAAGCUGAGAAGGAGCUCCAGCAGGCUUUGGCCACCAAGGAGGCCGAAGUCAAAGAGGCCGAUGAAAAGGCCUAUGCCCAGGGCAUGGCUGAUGUCGCAGAGGAUUAUAAGCUUCAAGUCAGGCAGCUUGAUCUUCCUGUUGACUCGCCUUUGCGUAAUGCCAAUGCUAUCCGUUUACCAUUUCCUCCUCCAAGUCAGACUGAAGGCGAAUCAGAGACUGAGGCUGAUGCUGAGGAUGAGGAUGAAGAAAAAAAUGAUGAUGAAGCCUUCGUGAGGAAAUCCAAGGAUGGUGCUGAAGCCAAGUCCCCUCCUCCUGCUGAGCAGGUUAUGGACUUAACCUUGGAUGAGGAGGGCGAUGAGGUUGAGGAGGCAACCAAGGAAAUUGUCACUGGGCAGCUAUCGUCCGAUCUUCUCUUGGUAGAAAGAAGUGUUGAGAAAUCAUUAGCAGAGAUUGAUGCCGAGAUACAAGCGGAAAAAGUGGCCGACGAGGUUCCACCAGAAUCAUCCGAGGUCCUAGUCCCUGCAGCUGCUAACACUGAAGAGUCUUGA